AUGAUUCUCUUUCUGCUUUUCACUUUUACUGUUCUCUACUUUUUCAAUGAGUUUUACUGGAAACGUCGAAGUUUGCCACCAGGACCGUUUCCCAUUCCUGUCAUUGGUAACACGAUUGAAUUGUUCUCUUAUCCACCACCCGGUACUGCCGCAUAUGCUGCUUGGACUAAAAAGUUCGGGACAAUUUACACAAUGUGGAUGGGAACCGACCCAGCAAUUGUGAUCACUGGAUACAAGGAGCUCAAAGAGACAUUCAUCAAUGAUGCGGACAGUUACUCAGAUAAAAUGAUUUUUGAAAAGUUCAACACAUCGCUUCGUGGUGGGGACUAUGGAGUGAUUGAUACGAAUGGGAACACGUGGAAAGAGCACAGAAAGUUUGCAUUGCACACUUUGAAAGAUUUUGGAAUGGGAAAAGAAGCGAUGGAAGCGUCGAUUCAGCUGGAAGUGGAUAGUAUUGAGGAGGAGUUGAACAAAAUGGAAGGGAAGGAAGUUAACAUUCAGGAACAAUACGACAUGGCAAUUGGAAAUGUAAUUAAUCAAUUUCUCUUCGGAGUCCGUUUCAAUGAUCCCUUGAAAUUCAAUGAACUAAAACAAUUGUUAGAUCUUUUCUUUGAAGUCCAAGGCAGUUUCCGAGUAUACUUUGCUUAUACUGUCAGCUGGCUUCCGCAGUGGAUGGUUGAGCUGCUGACACCUGAUGUCGGGCGUGUUCGAGAUGGAGUCUUCCAGUUUUUCCAACAACAAAUCGAAGAACAUCGUAAUGAGAUUGAUUUCGAAGUGGAGGAGAGUAAGGAUUACGUGGAAACUUAUAUGAAAGAGCAGAAGAGAAGAGAAGCGGAAGGGGACUUCACUUCAUUUUCUGAUGACCAGUUGAGGAAUAUGUGUUUUGAUAUGUGGGUAGCAGGCAUGCAUACAACUACAAAUACAAUGGGUUUCCUCACUGCUUAUGCCAUCAAUAAUAUGGAAGCACAGAGGAAAAUGCAGAAGGAACUAUCAGAAGUUGUAGGGGACCGAAUGGUAACAAUGAAGGACAAACUAAAUUUGCCAUACACAAAUGCAUUCAUCAAUGAAGCCCAACGCGCGAGCAACCUUCUACCAAUGAAUCUCCCACACGCCACAACUCGUGAAGUCACUCUUGCCGGUUGCACUAUCCCCAAAGGCAUGACAGUCAUCCAUCAAAUCAGUAGUAUUCUCUCAGAUCCGGAGAUUUUCCUAGAACCGGAGAAGUUCCUCCCGGAAAGAUUCAUAGACGAGAGUGGAAAUUUGAAGAAAGUCGAGGAGCUGGUUCCAUUCUCUGUUGGAAAACGGGUCUGUUUAGGGGAAGGACUCGCUCGAAUGGAGCUAUUCUUGUUCACUGCUAACUUGUUCAAUCGGUUCGAGUUCUGCGAAGGAGCCAAUGGACUGCCGUCAUUGGACAGGACGUAUGCAUUUAUUGCGAAAGCGAUGGAUUACACCUGUCAGGUGAAGCGAAGAUACGUUAAUUGA